UAUAUGCACUGUCACAGUGUGAUAUGUCACAGUAGAAAUGGCUUCUGUUCAUUUUGAUGCACAUGGCAUCUUGAUGUUUGCGAUAUGUCGCUAUGAGCUGUAAUAUGUACAGCUGAGCAGUUGCUUUUAUGUUAUGGCUAGCAGCUUAUAAGUGUGAAGUGUCGCUACACGCUGAUGUAUGUUACACCUGAGAAUUAUGCUCAAGUGUAAAUGAUAUGCCGCUUUGGCAAUUUCUUGAUUAUUUCCCUUGUGAUCUGUCAAAAUAGCCUAUGUUUGGCCUCUGUGAAUUGACUGCUAUUGAAACUUUUGCACACUUAAGUAUUUGGGUGUCCUUGGCUGUCUAUGGCACCAUAAGGCUUGGAAAAAUUAUUUCCAUUAGAAGCUUAAUUUGGCGAUCAAGGGCAUUUUUAUACUUAAAAUUUUUUCAUGUUAAUAUGCAAAGUCAAUUCAACAUGUAUGUAGGCAGAUAAGGUUUUGAACUAUGAGUGUCUUCAUUCUUAAGACAGGUGUCUCGUUUUGUAGGCCAAAAUAUGCCACCCAAAAAGAAAAGACCAAAGAGCACUACAAACGGGAACACGCCAUCCUCUGAGACUUCAAGCCCGGCAAAACGUCGAAAGCAGACAUCAGCCUCUGUUGACAUUGCCGAGCAGGUGAACAACGCUAUACAAUUAGCCCUGCCAAAAAUCACUGAAGCAGUCCUUUCGGCAAUGAAUAAUAAGAGCGAGGAGCACACAGAUAAAGCUCCAGAGGUGUCUCAGGAAUUACCAAGCACGUCCACGGAGCCGCUUUCCCAGGCUAGCGAUGGUACAAGAAUUCAAGGAGGGGUUCCCAUCUAUGAAUCCAGUGCCGACACCAAUAUCUCCAACAAUGCUCAACCUUUAAAGAACCUAGCAGACUUCAUUUUGCAGAGUUCACUUUCUAAAGCGUCUAGGUCAUCAUACGAUAGAGCUUUUACAUGUUAUAAGUCCUUCAUGUUCAACCAAUAUCCAAAUGUCCCCAUCUUACCACCAUCAUCUCAACAUGUCGCACUUUUUGUAGCCUUUUGUUUUCAAUCCAACAUAGCGACGUCGACCUUGAAAAGUUAUCUAUCAGCUCUAGGAUAUAUAUUUAAAUUAAAGGGCUAUCAAGACGUAACACAGCUUUUUGUAAUUCGCAAAAUGCUACAAGGGUAUGAAAAGUUAAAACCAGGUACAGGGGAUACGAGGCUGCCUAUAACACCGUCUAUUCUAAGAAAUUUAGUUGACUCGCUUGAUCAUUUAGGUAUCUCGUUUUACCAGCGCAGCAUGCUAAAAUCAAUGUAUUUGUUGGCCUUCCAUGCCUUCUUAAGAGUGGGGGAAAUAACUAUCACAUCUCGACAUCACAGAGGUAAUGUUUUGUUACUGGAAAAUGUUAGACUUGUUCGAGACGAAUCAAACACACUAGAAGGCCUAGAAAUUAGACCUGAUUCUUUCAAGCACAGUUCUGGCCGACAUAUUCCCUCCUUGUUUCUACAGGCUAGUAAUUCCAAUGAAGGGCUCUGUCCAGUGCAAGCACUGUUGUCAUUUAUUACACUAAGGGGUCAAGUCAUGGGUCCCCUUUUUUCUUACCCUGAUGGUCAUGGAAUCCAAAGGCAACAAUUUACAAACUUUCUACAAAUGUCUUUAAAGUGGUCGGGUCUCGAUUCUAAACUCUAUAAAACUCACAGUUUUCGAAUUGGUGCGGCAACGUCAGCGGCCGAAAUGGGUAUUUCAGACGAAAAGAUUAAACAGAUGGGACGAUGGCAUUCCGACGCAUACAAGAAAUACAUACGCAUACCUGUUUUGAAAAUCUAAAUAUUUUCUGCAGUAAGUAUAAUCAUGGGGACAGGGGCCUCUGAUUAUGCACUAAAUAUCAACACAUACUACGAUCAGCUGGUUUUUGGACAUAGCGAAUAUAAGUUUCCAGAUUUAUAUUUAAUUUCCCUUUAUAGCAUGGACUGUUUUGAAUUUUAAACCUAGGUCAUGGGGACAUGAGCCUCUGACUUAACCGUAUAAAUAUAGCAUGGAAUGUUUUGAUUUUCAAACUUGAGUCAUGGGGACAGGGGCCUCUGACUUAACCUUACAAAUAAAGGAUGGACUGUUUUGAUUUUUCGAACUUACAUGUAAGUCAUGGGGACAAGGGCCUCUGACUUAAAACUAAUGGAGGUACAACUGCGUUCAUUUUUCUUCGACAUUAAUUAUAAGUCACGGGGACAUGGGCCUCUGACUUAUUCGCCUGGUUGUGUUUAUAUAAUGUAUAAUUUGUUUUUUGAUUCUGGUUGGCCGUAAUAAUGAUGUUAGAAACUUUGAUGAAAUAGGACAGAGGAUCGUGAACUUAAUUAUAACGUGUUAUGGACACUGCUGGUUAAUGGAGCUUGAACUAGAUCCUUCUAUCACUUAUAAAGGAGCAUCUUGUCCGUCUUUGAAGAAACUGUGUGGUAUUUAUGUUUGUGCAUUAAUAUUAACAAUUCAUUAGAAGACAAUAGUUUAAGGAUGGGGUUUAUUGCGUUUAUGUAAAAACAAUAAUGUGGCGAAUUUUUAUACCCCACCUUUGAUAUCUAUUGAAACAAAAUUGAUUAUAUUUUCAAUUGUUCAAUUUUUCUGAUUCUGCAUUAUAUGUUUAUAUGCAUGAUAUUUUGUGUUUUUUCAUACAGUCAUUUAUAAUGUAAAUAAAUGGCAUUUUUCAAUUCACUUAA